UAGACGCUGAUUGUUAUUUUUCUCAACAAUUUGCUUAUUUGAAUUCGUAUAUCUGAUCAAAGAUCUCGGACUUAUCUGCAUUUCACUUAUUGAUGUAGGGUGCAGUGUGUGUUCUCUUCGAUCUUAGACAUUGCUUAUUUGGCUUUGCUGAGUUGCUUGGUCCUUGUUCUGUUCUCUUCUGAUCAGGGCAUAACGAUUCAUCAAAAGGCAAGAUAAAUUCCUAAUUUUUGGUGAAAGUCUUAAGUAGAAGAACAUCAUAUCUAAGAGGCACCUCAACAUGGCAAAUCCAUUACGGCUCUAUCUAGCCUGCAUAAAGAAUACUCUCGAGGCAGCCAUGUGCUUACAGAACUUUCCUUGUCAAGAAGUUGAAAGGCAUAAUAAACCAGAGGUUGAACUAAAGACGAGCCCAGAACUUUUGCUAAAUCCUGUUUUGAUAUGCCGUAAUGAGGCUGAAAAGUGUUUGAUAGAAACAUCUAUAAAUUCACUCCGGAUAAGCCUCAAGGUCAAACAAGCGGAUGAACUUGAAAACAUACUCACCAAAAAGUUCCUUAGAUUCUUGUCCAUGAGGGCAGAAGCUUUUCAAGUACUGAGGAGGAAGCCAGUGCAGGGAUAUGACAUUAGCUUUCUUAUAACAAACUACCACUGCGAAGAGAUGCAGAAACAGAAGCUAAUCGAUUUCAUUAUUCAGUUUAUGGAGGAUAUAGAGAAAGAAAUAAGCGAGUUGAAGAUAUCAGUGAACACUAGAGGAAGACUCGUGGCUACAGAGUUUCUGAAACAGUUCAUGUAAAGCAACUGAGUUGUUAUAAUGUAAGCACUCAUUGUAUCACUCAUUAUUUGGUCAAAAUUCAUCUACACAUAUAAUAAGUUUUUCUUUUCUCUUGCUACACUUUUUUGUUGUUCUCUCUACUUCCAUUGCUCCUACGCAACUGAACCACCGGCUUCGUAAUUGUGAUGUAUGUUACGCAAUGCUCGUAAAAUAUGGGCUGUUUGUUAAUCACAGAAGCUGUUCUAACGUACAGUCACAGAAAGAAAAAAGUUUGUUUUCUUCUACCAUAAGAAGAUAAAAAAAAUUUCGUUUGGCCGUCUAUUAAUCUCUAUCGGGAUAAUCUGUUUAACUGAUAUAUCUAAGAUUCUUU